AUGAUCAGUCGAUUCUCUGCUGACCGCGGCUGGCCUUCCGGCCCUCUAUACUGGGUCCAGGCCCAACCUUCACGGAAGUCGACGUUGCUUUGGCGCUACUAUACUAUCUUCCCUGGCACCUCGGCCGUGAACCACAUCAGGACAUUCUGUGCUUGUCCUGUUUGCCACGCCGCCGCCCAACAGCAGUCUGCUUCUUUCGACCAUCGAGUAAGGCAUCUAGGGGUCCUGCAGACAGACAGCCCCAUCGACCGAGACAACACGCUAGCAAGCGAUCGAUUUUCCGGCGAAGGAAAGAAGGAGCCGCACUUCCGCGUGCAAGACAUCGCCGGUAACAAGUAUGGCACUCAGAACCAGGCCGGAUUUGAAGCAGCAGCCUUGGUCGCCCAGCACAGUUAG